AAUUUGAUUCCAGUUUUGAAAUCUAAGUUGUAUCUGUGAAUGUUGAUAUACAAUUUAAGCUCAAAUGAAUUGAGAUCGUUCAAUUAGAACAGCUAGCGGAUUGAGUCGGCUCGACCGCAACUGACGCAUCACACAGCUAGCCUCUGUUUUUCAUGCUAAGCUAUCAAACAGGUUGUUCAUGAUUAACAAACUCAUGGCAUAAUCGUGGGAUGGACUUUGACAACACUUGGAACCACAUGCGAAAAUACGAAUAUGUGACUAAAUCUUAAAAACGCCUGAAGAUGGAGAAGGAGAGCAAACCGACACCUAGUAAUUGUUCUCCCCAGGAUUUUGAAAAACAUCCGAAGAAAAGAAGCAGAGAUGCUUCUAAUCCUCACACAGCUUCAGUUCCUCUGGUCUUACCAAAUCCUUAUGUGUCCAACCAAACUUCAGCCAGGAACUGGACAGAUCUGAGCCAAAAACAAGCAGGAAAAAGGGGAGAUGUUUCAAGAAGUCAUGGCUACAGCAGCAGACGUCCUGUGAGGGAAACCAGUGACAAAAACAAGCUCCUCUGGGAUCCACAUUCAAAGACAUCAAAAAGCAGCAAUGACUCUCAGGGCAGAAAUGUGGGCAAAAACUCAUCGGAUGCACGACAAAAAGCAGGUUUUAGACAUGUCAGGUCAGCCCCGGCCUCUGGAAGGAAAUCAACACCAGCACUGGCAGAUUUUGUCCCGUUUGAAGUGAAGAUGGCUGAUUUUCCAGAGUUAGCUGGCGUUUUGCAGAAAUCAACUUCUCAUGCUGGAGCACAGAAAGACUGCUGGGGUCCAAGCCCUCAAUGCACAAACCCACAAACUCAGACGACUUCCCAGAAGGCUGGAAGAAAUGGCUCUACAGCAGAACUUGAGCCCUUGCAGAAUAAGACCACUGUUAACCUGCCAGCAGCUCAGCCGGUAAUAACAUCCUGGGCAAAUAUUGCCUCUCAGCCCCCAAAGAAACCUGUUGUUACAGACGAGACAAUCCGCCGCAGCGACACACAGACAAAAUGCCUUUCUACCCCACAAGAAGAGGGAGGCCCAGGAAAGAAAAAGCGAAAGAGGAAAAAGAAAUCCAAAAGCAACGCUGAGGAUGCAGGAGCCGAGUCAGGGAGUCCACUAAUUCAUCAUGAGCCUCCAAAACUUGAGGAUGAAGAAGAAUUCCCUGACUUGGUGCUGGGUUUAACUGGGUUAAACAGUAAAACAAAGCUAUGCAAAGAGGAAAACCAAAGAGAAGGAGGACAGUACCAGUCUGCCGACUUGAACAAGGAAAAAUCACCAGUAGGAAAAACUCAACUGCCUGAAAUUACUAAAAAAGGACAGAAAGCAGAGAAAGUGUCGGGGAAAAAGAGCAAAGCCCCGGUCCAGCUGGACAUCGGAAACAUGCUGGCCGUCCUGGAAAAGAAGCAACAAACUCAAAAAUCAAAGCAGGACACCAAGCCGAUCAUUCUCUCUGUUGGUGGAGGACUGCCUGUCGUCCAGAAGCAAUCGUCGGCUCUGAAGAAGCCGCCAUGGCAGCAGGAUAAAAUCGCACACAAUCCGUUGGACUCGACCAGCCCUUUAGUUAAGAAAGGAAAGCAAAGAGAAGUGCCUAAAGCCAAGAAACCCACUCCUCUGAAGAAGGUCAUUUUGAAAGAAAGAGAAGAGAAAAAACAGAGACGUCUGCUAGAGGAGAGAGGACUGCUGCCUGAUAAUGGCUCUGAAUUCACUAAUGAUGCUGCAGAAGAGCAGCAUGACUCAAAUGACACAGAAGACAUUCAGAGCCUUACACAAGGAUUCGACGAACAUUUGAAUUUAAACGGCACAAACUCCAACAUGGAUGAAGCCGAUGAGGACAACGACAAAAACGAUGAUGUGCAACAGGAAGUCCCCUCAUCUGAGCCCCAACAGAACAACGUUCCCAAAAUUCACAGCAGGAAGUUUAGAGACUACUGCAGCCAGAUGCUGAGGAAAGACCUGGAUGAGUGUGUGACGUCACUGCUGAAGGAGCUGGUCCGGUUCCAGGACCGGCUGUACCAGAAGGAUCCCAUGAAGGCCCGCAUGAAGCGGCGGAUCGUGAUGGGCCUUCGAGAGGUUCUGAAACACCUCAAACUGAAGAAGGUCAAAUGUGUCAUCAUCUCGCCAAACUGCGAACGCAUCCAGUCCAAAGGUGGCCUGGACGAGGUUCUGCACACGAUCAUCAACAUGUGUCGCGAACAGGGCGUACCGUUCGUGUUUGCACUUUCCAGGAAAGCACUGGGCCACUGUGUCAACAAGGCUGUGCCAGUCAGCCUUGUGGGCAUCUUCAACUACGAUGGAGCGCAGGAUUUCUAUCACAAGAUGAUUGAGUUGUCAGCUGAGGCUCGGAGAGCCUACGAGGUGAUGCUGUUGAGCCUGGAGCGUAGCGACCAGCCCGAUACAGACCAGCAGGGAAACACGGAGCCACUGCAGAUUAACAGUCUGGCUGAGGAGUCUGAGCCUGGACCCGACAGCAAAUGGUCCGAGAAACCGCAUUACUUGAAAUUCUGGGAGCAAAUUCUGGAGGAAGAAAGCAGCCACGCUUUCCUGAGCCACAUGGAGCAGCUCCUGGACAGCGAAUGUACAGAAAACGCAGAAGAAGACAAGAGUUGACUGCAACAAAUCUUUCUCCAGCUACAAAACAAAGCAAAAAAAAAUUUAUUUGGGUUGCCACACCCACAAAAAACACUUUUGGUUUGAUUUUUUUUCUCUCAUUUAAUUCUAUUUCCUGUAAAUUAUAAAUUCUUUGAAUUCUUUCAGGAAAAGAACCAGAUAGGAAGCCUCAAAAUAUAAACUCUGAACCAUG